UUCCAACAACUUGUUUACGUUUUGUGUUUUUGUUGUGCAAAAAAUAAUUUCAUUUCGUUGCGUUUAUUCUGCUGCUAUCGUGUAUGUUACGAGUUUUGAGGGCAACUGGUGCAGGUCCCUCUGGAUUUUUAGCUCGAUUCUGCAGCAGUGCAAUGACCAGCAAACGCAGCCAUAACGAAGACAACAAGUUGGACACCUUUCGCCGGAUAUGUGAUGAAAUAGCCGGCGAGCCAAGCUACCUGAAGAAGGCGGAGAAAUUGCAGAGAUUUUUCGAGCGCGGCACCAGCGGUUCAGGCUUUGAAGGCGACACGUUGCUCUGGGUACAAUUCUUAAUCCCAGCAGCCAAUCAGCGCGUCUAUAAUCUACAAAACAAGGCACUGAUCAAGCUCUUCUCGCGCAUUUUCAAUGCAAGCCAGCAGCAAAUGCAUUUGGAUCUCGAGCAGGAUGGUGAUGUUUCGGAGACUCUGCGAAGGCAUUUCGCCGCCUCCAGUAAGGUGAAGCCUCAGGCGCAAAGUAAAUUGUACCUGCAGGAGGUAGAGGAGAUGCUCCUGCAAUUGGUGCAGCGCACCAAGGAGGAUGAGCAGACGAAACUUUUGCAGCAGCUGUGCAAGAAGGCCACCGAUUUGGAUCUACGUACGUUUAUCAGACUGGUGAAGCAGGACCUGCGGAUCAAUGCGCGGGCUAGGCACAUCUUGGACGCCUUUGGUCCCGACGCUUAUCCCGCCUAUCAAUCCUCUCGGGACCUAGCGGCAAUUGUGGAUCAGUUCGCCGGGCAAAAGAAAAAACACAUUGUGGCCAACGGUGUGGUCAAGGUGAAAGGGAAGACGAAGAAACCAAAUACGAGUGGCAUUCAGGUGAUGACGCCUAUAUCCCCAAUGCUGGCCAGUGCCUGCAAGUCAGUGGAGGAGGCCUUUAAGAAAAGCCCCUCCGGACUGUACAGUGAAAUCAAAUACGACGGCGAAAGGGUGCAAAUACACAAGCAAGGCAACGAAUUCAAGUUCUUUAGCCGCAAUCUGAAGCCCGUAAUGGAUCACAAGAUAAAGGCACUGAAAGAGCACAUACCGUUGGCCUUUCCAGGAGCCGGAGAGUUGAUUCUGGACUCGGAGAUCAUUCUCGUGGACACUGAGACCGGUGCGCUGCUGCCCUUUGGCUCCUUAGGAGCUCACAAGAAGCAAACGUUUGCCAACGCUGCCGUUUGCUUGUUCGUCUUCGAUUGUAUAUUGUACGAUGGCGAGGAUUUGACGCAAAUGACCUUUCGUAAGCGACGUGAGAUCCUUGAGCAAAAUAUCAAGCCAAUCAAAUCCCAUGUACAGCUUUCGGAGUCGGAAUUCCUAAAGACCAAGAGCGAACUGGCCAUGAUGACGGCCAAGGUCUUGCAUGCCAAUCUGGAGGGAGUAGUCCUGAAAAGUCCCAGCAGCACCUAUCAACCCGGCAAACGCAAUUGGUUAAAGGUCAAGAAGGAUUACCUUUUUAACGGCAAGAUGGCCGACACAGCCGAUUUGGUUGUCCUGGGCGCAUGGUAUGGAUCGGGGAAAAAGGGUGGGGUGCUCAGCAUUUUCCUCAUGGGUUGCUACGAUGCAAGGGAUCGCCUCUGGAAGACGGUGACAAAAGUGCACUCUGGGUUGGACGAUGCCACCAAUGAAGAAGUCCACGAUUCACUGAUAAAGUUAACCGACCGAGCUGAUGCCAAUCGGACGCCCAGUUGGCUGCUGUGUAAAAAGGCGCUGGUUCCAGAUGUGCUGGCCAAGGAUCCGCAACAAAUGCCCGUAUGGGAAAUAACGGGAGCGGAGUUUACUAAGGCCGAGGCGCACACAGCUUCAGGCAUCUCAAUAAGAUUUCCUCGAAUUACUCGCCGCCGCAGCGAUAAAUCCGCUAAUGAGGCCAAUGAUCUAGCCCAUUUGGAAGAUCUGUUUGAUGCCUCAAAGAAAAACGUGAACGUGGAUCUGCUUCUCGCAGACGCCACAAAGGAAGAGCAGCCAGGCAGCAGUAGGACGAAUAGCGCCAAGAAAUCCAAGAGGUCCAAUACGGGUUCGAAUGAUGAAGGGUCAGAGCCAACUAAGCGCAAGGCACCAAAAGUAGAGCAGAGUUUGCCUUCAUCGCAAAAAGAAAUGAAAGACUUCUUCAAACCCAUCAAAGAGUUAAAAACCGAAGUCAAAACAGAAAUUAAAAGUAAGCGUAAACUAGAAGAACUUAAAAUGGAGCCAAAAACCGAGGUUCCAAACAAAGCCCAUACUAAAGUAAAAAUCGAGCCAAAAGUGGUAGAAAUAAAAAAAGAGCCACAACUGCAGGAAAAAGAAUUAGCCAAGUUCAGUGAGGAGUCCAAAACCGAAGUUAAGAAGCAAUUAAAGCUGGAACAAAAAACUCACGAGUCAAAAAGUGCGAAAAGCACUUUAUUCUCAGGCCUGGUGGCGCACUUUGCAAUGGAGCAGGAUUCCAGCAAGCUGCAAGAGCAAUUUGAGCGACAUGGCGGCUCCUGUACCACCAAUCCCCGAAAAGCUUGCCUGGUAUUCUACAACAAAAACGAGAUAAUGGACCUCGAGAAGCUAAGGCCCCUCUACCGACGCAGCUGUCGACAUCUGAAUGUGAGCUGGCUUCAAACAUCGUUAGAGAACCAGAGUCGACAGCCGUACCCGCUAUACGCUGUGAUGCUGAAAAGCCGAGUGCUUUGAUGAAAUUGUUUUUACUCAUAAAUACAUGCUUGAUUAAACCGAAUAUAUAUUAUACA